AUGCAUCGUGCCCUCCAGAUCUCGGAAAUUUUGGUAAUAAUUCUGCGAUCCAUCGAGGGGUAUAGCAAGCCCACGGCUGCCGCUGUGGUAUCCACCUGUCGAACGUUCUAUGAACCUGCCAGCGACAUCCUCUGGGAGGACAUGCCUCGCCUUCAACCGCUCCUUUCGCUCUUACCCGGAGAUACGCUGGCACAAUCUGGAUUUCUUCCGGACGUGGCCCGUGAACUGGGUGGCGAGCAGUGGGCUCGGUUCCUGGAACAUGCUGCCCGUGUCAAGAUUUUGGAGCUGACACCUGGAGACUCAGAACCGUUAAUGGAGCACCUGCGCAUAAUUCUGUUCAUGCGCGCGCGCUCAGCAGUCACGAUCUUCCCGGACUUGCGUGACUUGGAGGUUGGAUGGGGCUUUCUAUUCCAACCAAGCAUCCUACACCUGCCCCUUUUCCUGAGCCCGAAGACCCAGGUGGUCCGAUUGUGGACAGAAGACAAAAUCACGCUGCAAGUUCUAUAUCAGCUAGUGGUUUUCUGCCCACAGCUUCGAUGUUUAGAAGUGCCUGGAUUCCCGGAAAGACCCAAUGAGAUUCUCUGGUUUUUCGAGGCUCUGGAGAAGAUUCAUACCUGGAAAAAUCACGGUCAUCCAGCUGACCUGACGGUGAUAGCUCAUCUACCAACACUACGCCAUCUAUCUAUUACGCUACGCGAGGAUCUCUCCGGUGUUACAUUACAAGCGAUCGCACUACGACAUUUGCCACUUUAG